UGAUGGCCCCGGGGGACCAGACUCUAGAGGUUUGAGCAGUAGGCGUCGAGUGGUUUAGAUUUGGGGGGAAAACAAGAGGCGGUCGUGGAGAGGCCGAUCCCGAGGUAGGACAAAGUCCUCCCGAGAUGGAGUGGAAACUGGAGCGCACCGCCAGGCGGAGGGUCCGGACGGAGGAAGAGGUGCUGUGGGAGAAUGUCAUGCGGAUACUCGCCAAAGACAUGAAGCAGAGAAGUCAAGGUUCUCCUAAGAUAUUUGAUGCAGUUAAUACUACAUACUCUAGCUUUAAAAGCAACUUUGUGAAGAGGCUGUCUGCCGAGAUUCCUGGUGCCAGCAGCCCAGUUACCACAAGAUGGCGGCAAAGCCAAGCCAGGGAUCUGGCAGCCCAUUUCUUUGAGGAAGAGCAUUCAACCACUGACCCAGAAGCUUCUGGAUCCAUGCUGAAGGUAACGCCUGAGAAAGGAACCUUGAUUCUAGGAUCCUACAAAGAACCCCUGAAGACCCCCAUCAAAGGAAGUUUUGAAACAAAUAACUCUGCUCUCCAUUUUUGCAAGGCACCUCAUGCUUUAGACAGAGGCUCAAAGGCAAGUGUUGCCUCAAAAGUCCUGAAAUGCCUAAGCCAGCUGUUUUUGACCCAGAAGGUGGCUCAGCAGGUUAAAGGGAAAAUGCAGCUGUGUGAGCAAUCCCAAUGUGUUUGGGAAGGGUGCAGAGAUGGAGUCAGAGGCGAAUCCUUCUAUCUUAAAAGAUUCAGUGAUAUAAACUAUUCCAUACUGCAACCAGAGGUGAGGAUUCAUCUUACAGGUCUUCGAGAUGACUACUACCUGAAUAUCCUAGAUUGGAAUUUUCAGAAUCUUGUUGCUAUAGCCCUUGGAUCUUCUGUAUACAUCUGGAAUGGGGAAAACCACAAUGAGAUUGAAAAUAUAGACUUAAGUCUCACUUGUAACUACAUAUCUUCUGUGUCCUGGAUAAAAGAGGGAAGCUGCCUGGCAGUCGGCACCAGUGAGGGAGAAGUGCAAUUAUGGGAUAUCGUAACUAAAAAGCAGAUAAGAAAUAUGGUUGGUCAUUUGUCAGUAGUUGGGGCUCUGAGCUGGAAUCACUGUAUCCUCAGCAGCGGCUCGAGACUGGGCCGUGUCCAUCAUCAUGAUGUUCGGGCAGCUCAGCAUCACGUUGGAACACUUUGCCACAAACAAGCUGUGUGUGCUCUGAAGUGGUCCCUUGAUGGCAGGCUGCUUUCCAGUGGCUGUAGUGAUGGAUUGCUGACUAUAUGGCCCCAUGAUCCAGGGGCAGAUGCCCAGGGUCAACCACUAAAAGUCAUACCCCAGCCUACAGCAGUGAAGGCCAUGGAUUGGUGUCCCUGGCAGUCUUCAGUCCUUGCUGUUGGAGGAGGAGGGAAGGAUGGUCACUUACAUAUCUUGGACAUCAAUACUGGGCAGAGCCUCCAGACCCCAAACACAGGCUCACAGAUUUGUUCCCUAAUCUGGCUACCUAAGACAAAGGAGAUUGCAACUGGCCAAGGUAUUCCUAAGAAUGACAUGACCGUGUGGGCCUGUCCAGCCCUGGCCAGGUCAGGUGAAUUUUUUGGCCACAGGGGCAGGGUGCUGCACCUGGCCUUGAGUCCAGACCAGACCCGGGUGUUUUCUGCGGCAGCUGGCGGCACAGCCUGUGUAUGGAACUGCUUCUAGGCCUUCAGCCCCUCUAAGCUCUGGUCUCCUCUAAGUGACAAUAAUGAUACUGGCCUCAUCUUCUUUGGUGUGGUUAUGAGGAUCCAACAAGGUGAUGUGCUGUUCCUAAGGUGACUGCCUGUGCUGACCUUCUUUCUCGGGUUAUAUGUGCUCUGCUUCCUCCCUUUCCAUUUCCCAGAUGUUGUCUUUGACUCUGUUCUUCUCUCCCUGAUUUCCUCCCACCUCCUCCUCCCAUUCCUGUUUCUCCUUCUUCGGUAGCUCUUCCUUGUUAGUAUUUCCAUUGCUAUAGUCAGAAUAGUAUCUACAGCAAAGAUUUCUAAACAUUUCUUUCCCACAUGACUUUUCUUCUAAGCUCCAGCCUCGUACUUUGUCUGCCUCUGGAUAUUUCCUUUUUCAGAUUCUUUCCAGUCUUUAGCUCAAACUCAACACAUUAAGAAUGCAAAUUAUUCACUUGAAAUAUGUUGGUCAAAAUCCUGCUAUAUCCUAGGCAGUGUGUCUUAUAAGUAUACAUAUUAUUCUCUCAAAAUGAGCUCCUCUGUAGGACUGUCUUUCUGUCUUCACGGACUCAUCCUUCUACUGGUCACCCCCUCACUGGUCACCGAUUAUCUGCUUAGUGCUUACUCAGCUUGCCCCUUUUUCUCUUUUCUUUUUGUUUCACUCUGGUCAUGUCCUGAAUACCUGGUGACUGAUCAGUUGUCAUUGUCUACUAACCGGUUUCCCAUCUAUACUCUUCAUGGUCUCCAUCUCACUGUGAGGUUAAAUUUCUGAACGCACUGUGCUGAUCCUCUGUGUCUCCUAACAAACUCUCAAUGACUCCCUAUCACCUGCCCCCUCGGCCUCAACCUCAUGGUCCUGAGUCCAGAAUGUGAAGUCAGGCAACCUGUUCCUACCUUGGCUCUGCCAUAAACUGGCUGAGUGAGCUUGGGCGUGUCACAGCAUUUGCAAGAAUAGGAAUUGGAUUGGAUAACCGCCAAGCUUUCUUCAAGCUUUAUCUUCCUAAUGUUCUACCCUCCUCUGUUAGUCCACACUCAGGUCCCAUCUUAGCCCUGGACUAAGCCUUGUGACUUCUUGCCUCCAUGCCUUGUAGGAGCUUUUGAAUUCCCACUCCUCUGUCCCUUCUUUUUCCUUGUCUCUUAAGUUCUGACCUCUCCAGAAAGUGUUUUGAAAAUGAUGUUAACCUGGGUUUGAACUCUUGGCAUCACCUAUUUGUUAGUAAUACACUAUUCUAGCUGUUUUUAAAAAAUCUUUUAUCACUAUGUGAAUCUUUGGUUACUUCAGUUUUAACAUGCUUAUUUCUUCCCUGGACUAUUCAACUGAGAGCUGGGAGAGCAUGCAUUAUACUUUUUAGUGCUCUUUAUAAUGUUUUGCAUAUGUCAGAUAACAAGUAUUGAUUAAUUUGUUUGCUUUGUCAUAAAAUGUUUUUUUACCAGUACAUAUACACUCCCUUCCUUUCCCCCUUCCCCCCAAAAAUCCCAUAUAACAAAACAAAGCCUUGAUAAUUGAAAAGUGUAAUAAUAUAUACAGGGGGAGUUAGGACUCUCCUGCCAAAUUAGUGUUAACUUGCCAAUAUAUUCUCUUCUUUUCCCUGUUUUUUAACUCAGAAAAGCUACUUGGUAGUGCUAGUAAUUUUUGUUUUAGAAAAUUUUAGGUCAUCAAAAGCUGCAAAUGUGAUACUUCACUGUAAUACACACUGUUCUUUAAGCUAAUGGUUUUAAUUUGAUCUUCCUCUUAAUUGUUUAGCAGGGAAAUGAGUCAAAUGAUUCGACCAUUUCUAGGGUCCUCUAGUAUUCUGACCUGGGUACUUCUAUCUUAACUGUUUCAUGAUACUGCAACAUGAUCAAAGACCACUUUGCCCAUUUAAUACCAGUGUGUGAACAAGAGGCUCUCACUUAAGGAAAAAUAAUGACAGAGGUUUCCCGGCUAAUGAAAGCAGAGCAUUCCUGUGAAAGCUCGGAAACCGAAAUGGCAUGAAUUGAAGAAGCAAUUACCAUUAAUUUACCUGGAAACAUUCUUGAGUCUUCCCAGAUGCUCAAAAUAACCUGUUGAGCUUUUCUGAUACCUUAGGACACAUCUUGCUAACGGAGGCACAGAAUAAAUGGAGACAAAGCAUGGAUGCCCACAGACACAGUCCAAAGCUCCAGCAGCUUGACUUCCCAGGCAAGCAGCUCGGUGGGGCCGUUCUGGCUGCCUGGGGUUUGUGCUGCCCCUUUAAAUGGCUCCCUGCAAAACAAAUCCUGAACACUAGUUUUGCUUUUCUCCUUUUUUUUCUAAAAGCCAGAAUCCUCUUGGAUUUCUUUUGGUUAGUGAAAACAGGCACUAAUAUCUGUCUUUAAUAAAAAUGAAAUGAUGUAACAUGAACUUUUGGAAGUAGGGGUACCUGUGUAUCUUUUACAUGCUUUUUGUUUUAGUGGAAAGUCUGGGAUAUGCUUUUAGUAAAGAAAAAAUUGAACUUACAGAUAAUACACAAAACAGAAGCCUUUGUUACAACUCAUAUUUUAAUUUUGUAAUUUAAAAUUUUUAUUGAGUAAUAAUUCACAUAUAGUAAAGCACAUAAGUCUUAAGUGUAUGGUUUGAUAAAUUUUUUAUUUAUGAAUAGAUAACUGUGUAACCACCAUCCAGUUCAAGAUAUGAACAUUUCUUAUCUUCUAAAAGACUUCUGUAAGACCUAAGGGCCUUAUUCUGGUCUGUGCUUCCCCCCAGUGAGGAGACGAGGGCCAUGGCAGAUCGAUGCAACAAGCAAGAGGUUUAUUAUUCCAGCUAGCUGGGGUCCAAGUGUCCGCCCGACACAGCAGGUUUCAGCAAGGACCCCGAGCACUCAAAGCCAAGGGUUUAUAUAGCAUUUUCAAAGCACUUAACUCAUAGUAAUUUUCCACA